AUGGAGGCGGGUGUCUCCUCUGUUAAGUUAGGGCGAGACGUCUCAAAGGAGAGCUGCCGCCACCGCCGCCGCCGCCGCUGCCGCCGCUGCCGCCGCCGCCGGUGCCUCUGCUGCUGCUGCAGCCGGAGCAUCCGGGAGCCGCCGCCGCCGCCGCUGCCGCUGCUGCCACUAGCGCUGCUUCCACUGCUGCCACCUCCCUUCCCAGGACCCCGAGACACCCCGAGCGCGAGCGGCGGCAGCUGCUUGCUUGCUCCCCCUCUGCCCCUGCCCCUCCCUUCCGUGACCUACCCACUCCUUGCAGCCCUCGCCCGCACCUUCUCCAACACCCCGGCAUCCCUGCACCACCUGCUCGGGCACCCCGGCGGGCUCUGGGACUUGCUGUGCGCGCCGAGAAGAAAGCAAGCUCCGAACCCGUGCCUGGCUGACGGGCUGUCGCGGCUGCACCACCAGCAGGAGGAGAAGAAACUAUUUCGCCCACCGAAACCCCAUUCUGCGGGUGCUUCGCAGCUGCCGCUUCUGCUGCCUGCAGUCCAGGUCCGAGGGUUCGAACACCGCAGCGGCGGGGACCGUGGGUCUAGCAGGCGCCGGGAGGACACCGGCGGAGCCCUGCACUCUGGUGUCCCGCUCACCAGCAUCACCUAGCCCCCUCGUUCCUUCCCCAACCCUUUAGAGAAGGGACCAUGAUUUGGAAACGCAGCGCCGUUCUCCGCUUCUACAGUGUCUGCGGGCUCCUGCUACAAGGUAAGCACAUUAAUCAUUCCAGGUGUAAUCAGACUGCAUCAAGGUAAAACAAGAAAAAAUGGCUUAAUUACAUUUCAUAGCAAUAAUCAGUAUGUAAAUAUAAAGUUUGGACAAAAUUGGUUAAAAUCAAGUUUGUUUUUGAAACUAAAGGUUGAAAAAACCUAGAGAAAAUCUAAAUGUUCAGUUUGUUUGUGUGUUAUGUUUUGAUAUCAAUAUCAUAAGCUUGCAAUAUUUGAAAUUGUGUAUCAUGUGGAAUAUUAAAACCAUUUAUUAACUUCUAAUGUUAUUAGGGCAUUUCUCACUUUAAAGUGAAUAAUGCAAAUUAGAGUAGAUUUUAAAUGCAAAACAAUUUUGUUGUCAAUAUGCAAAUUAAUAUAUUUGCAACACAUAUUGGAUUAAAGAGAAAUUGAAAUAUAUUAAAGAAGUGAAUUUCAAAUACUAGAAGAGAUUUGUUGUACAUGUUUUUAAAGGAUAUAGUUUUUUUAAACAUCACACAUAAUUAGGAAAUAUACAGUAAUAAUAAUCAAUAUUAUUUAUCAUUCUGAAAAUUAUCAACAUAUGAAAUAAAUAUCUCUGAAAAAUCAGUUGAUCAUUUUUCUAGGAGAUAUAUGCUAUCAUCUGUAAAAUUUAUACUAUCGCUUUUUCUAUAAUCAAAUCAUAGUUAAAUAUGCUGUUUUGCUUUUCACAACUGAAAGAGCCAAAUUUAAUCAUGGUUACAAGGGAAUAUAAGUUCUAACACUUUCCAGAAGUGCAGUAAUAUUUAAGUUAAUAUAGUAUAGGUAAUGUUUCUUCCAUUCCCAAUAUUUUUUAAUUUCAAAAUUAGAUAAAAGUAUGCUUAUAAUUCCUUCCACUAUAGCUUGCUUCUUUAACUUUUGCACUGAAUGCCAGAAGAAUUCAAAUUAGUAGGAACAUAGCAUGUAUAGGCAAUUUUAGGCAUGCAUAAUCAAAUUUAGUUCUUUUUGGAACAGACAACAAAUUGAUGGUUCAGGAACGUACAUGGCUUUAGAAUGUAGUACUUUUAAACUUGGCAACACUGGAAGGGGAGGUGAAGGCUCAUUAUCUCAGAAAAGGACAAAGUACUUUUAAUUAAAAGAAGAGCCAUCAUUGUUCAUUAUAAUGGUUUGAAGGUAAAUAAUGUUUUAGUUGAUACAGCAAGGGUGUUCUCCUUCCUACAAAGGAACACUUGAAUGUAAGUAGAAAGGCUAAAUUUUACUUUCAUCUUUUUAGUAAUCAUACAGAGAUAUGGUUUAUAUUUCUAAAUGUAAUCAUUUGAUACUGAUUUUAAACAAAAACAUUAUACUAAUAUGACUUUGACACAAUUAAUCCUCUAUAACAGUAGAUUGAGAAGAGAGAAGGCUUAUUUGACUAUAGAUUUACUCCCCCUCCCUAUUUUUAAUCUUCCUUUGCUUUUUCUUUCAUGUGAGUCACUGGGAUGCUUUGUUAAAAGAGGUACUUUUUGUUUUAAUUAGGAACUAAUUUGAGUCCUCUUUCUGUUAGCAAGGAUAAAUGUCUAUGAUGUAAUUAUGUAUAAGAAACUCUAAACAUUUUACAGUGGUGUCUGGGAAGGUUUAGCAAUGUCUGUUUCACUGAGUAUCACAGUUAAAUUUGAAAUCACACAUUUAACUCUGAAAAUUACCUUCCUUCCUAUCAAAAUGUGCCUGUUAAGAGAAAAAGUUCAAAAUUUUUGUCACUGUGACCACUGUCUAUAAUGAUAAUGAAAUAUAAUUUUAUAGAAGUAGACAUAUAAAAGCUACUCUGUGAUUUCAAAAUACUUUGACCAAUUUUUCCGUAUGUUGGAAAAAGGUUAUGUGGUUGGUUAAAUAAAUCUUAAACAGAAAACAUUUCAGUUUUAAACUUCUGUUGACAAAAUAUAUUUUUAAAAUCCAUUAUGUAGUUUUCUCUUUAGCUGCAGAAUUGGAAAUAUAAUUUAAUCUUUGCUGACUGUUAACUAUGCCAUAUAUCAGAAUCCAUUGCAGUAAAUAUUCUAAUAAAACAUCAUAACAGUGAAAGAUACAAUUAUAAGUGCUUGUAUCAAAACAAACAAAAAACGUAAAAACCAAACUAAAACAUAGUGUAGUAUUCAUAAUAUGAUGAAUUAUCUCAUAAAAAAGCUUUUUCUAUUGCUAUUUGGCAUUUUUGCCUACAUAAAAAGCAGAACAAACUUUUUGGCAUUUAUUGUUAGCUGAAUUCUAACCAAUUGAUGCUUCACUUGACAUUGGUAUUCCAGAUUACAUGAUAUAUGUUCCUUGUCCAUUUGAGGCUAUACUUUGAAUGUGAGCACCCAAAAAAGGCAUUAUGAGCGUAAGAUUGAUAGUUAUUUGAUUUAGCAACAUCUGUUUUUGCUUGAUGUACUCCAAGCAGAUGCUCUUCCUGACAUUCAACAUGCAAUUUUAUUUACUCUCAUGACAUAUGACCUCAGCAGAAGAAUACUAUUUCCGCACAGGUAUUAUAGUUAACAACUGUAUGUGUCUUUGGUCAAGUAAAUGUCAAUAGACUGGGUCAAACAUCAUUAACUUUAAUAAGGACAGCAAUGGGCAAACUCUUUGACUAGUGUCUCCGUAAACUGACAUAGAGUUCUUUAAAGUUUCAGAACAUCUAGAGGCUCAUUUUUUUUUCAAUUAGCAAAUUCUUUUACGUUUCUUUGAGAAUGAAGAAACAACAAUAUAUGCUAUCAGAAUGUCUUUUCUGUUUGGCAUAGUAUUUCAAACCUGUCACAUUGUACAAAGGGUUGUAAUGAAAAAUACGCAGUGAUAGGCCCUACUGCUUAUUUGAUUCUCUAUUCACGUUUUGUAAUAUGCUGCAAUACAAUAUAAAACCAACACUGUUGUAACUGAAUUAUACUGUUUCAUGGUUUAUAUAAGGACACCUAGGGAUUUAGGAUAAAUGUGAGUGAUCAUACUGAGGAUUAGAGAGUUCUGAUCAAGGGUUUUCUAGGCAGAAAAAUAUCUAUGAAAACUAAGCAAAAGUGUCUUUGUCUGAGGAAAAAUAUGAAAAUUACAUAAUACCAUCGUAGUGUAUUAUAUUUCUAAAGAGAUCUGAUGUCCUGUAAUGGAAUAUGCAUCUGAUUCUCUUUUUCUAAGGAAGUCUCCUACUCAGUGUUAACAAUCUAAUGAUAUCUUGUGACCUUUUCUAUGCAAAUAUGAACAAUUUGAGGCUAUCACAAUCUCUCAUGCAUUGCUCCUUAAAGGGACAUUCUUAAUUGCUUUUAUAGUCUCAAUUUUAUUUUAACCUCCAUUACCUAUAAUAUCUUCUUUGAAGCUUGAAAUUAACUUUUCUGUCUUCACCAUUCUAUUCUUUCCUAUUUUGGUAAGCAGUGACUUUACUUUUCCACUGAAAUUUUAAGGAGUUUCAUGCAACAUAGAUGUAAUUAAUUUAAUAUGAUAAGGUACAUCUUUAUUAUAUUAUUCUGUUAGUCACAUCCAAUAAAAGAGAAGUAUAUAUUCCUUUCCUGUGGAGAUCACUCAAAGAUGUGGUAUUCUUUUUUUUUUUUUUAAGUUUAUUUAUAUUUGAGAGAG